AGGCAGAUGACCAUUUGAGUGCGUUGUCUGUGUGUCUGGCUCGAACGGGUGGUUUUUCGGGAGGGAAACUUUACAAGGUUUAACAGGAUUUGAGAACGAUUAAUUCAUUUCAUUUAAUUACCAGCGCCAUCGAAGCCAUACUGAACGGAGUCCAAGAAUCAUGUCUGGCAUUGCAUUGAGCCGGCUUGCUCAGGAGCGCAAAGCGUGGCGAAAGGACCAUCCUUUUGGAUUUGUGGCUGUACCAACAAAAAAUCCAGAUGGAACUUUGAAUCUCAUGAAUUGGGAAUGUGCUAUUCCUGGCAAGAAGGGGACUCCCUGGGAAGGAGGUCUGUUCAAACUGCGCAUGUUGUUCAAGGACGAUUAUCCUUCUUCACCUCCAAAAUGUAAAUUUGAGCCACCGCUAUUCCAUCCAAAUGUGUAUCCAUCAGGCACAGUAUGCCUAUCUAUUCUAGAGGAGGACAAGGACUGGAGACCAGCCAUCACGAUAAAGCAGAUACUAUUAGGUAUCCAGGAACUCCUAAAUGAGCCAAAUAUCCAGGAUCCGGCCCAAGCAGAGGCUUACACAAUCUACUGCCAAAACAGAGUAGAAUAUGAGAAAAGAGUUCGAGCACAAGCCAAAAAAUUUUCCCCAUCGUAAAGGCGAAGACUGGUUCCACUACGGCAGAAGGAAUGGGUUAAAUACGAAUCACCUUCCCGCUCAGUCUAUUGAUGAAUGUGCUCCCCUCACAUCGGGACUUGCUUAAAGACUUCUAUUUAAACUCCACACAUUCUGUGCCAUCCACGCUCCUCUCUUUUUUUUUUUUUUUUUUUUUUUUUUAAGUUAGGGUUUUUUGUUCUUAAAUCGCUGGUUGGCGCAAAAUGCUGGGAGGGGAAGGAUGCCUCAGCACCCUUGUUUUGUCUUCUUUUUUUGUCUCGUGUGAUGCAAGGGACACAGCUCGGUACCAGUUUCAUCGACUCUACAGAAGCUGACAGUCAUCGACGUUCAAGGAAGGAAAUAAAUGUCUUUAUUUUGCUCUCUCACAGGGUCUAUUCCUUUUGUUUCCACCUUUUUAUUUUCAGUAAAUAUAAUGUAAAUUAGCUCUUUUCAUUGUCAGUAUUCAACUGCUGUAUAAUGAAUGGCACUUUUAUACUGUUGUAUCUCACUAGUGUCUCUAGAUGGCUCUGUCUAAUUCUCUGUCCCAGGUUUUCUAUUCAGCAUGCUGUAAUAUAUGAUAGAAUCUGCUGCCUUGGCUGUCUUUUUGUUAUUCAGAGUGUUUGCUAUGGAAUAAAUCAAAUGGACACAUUGACUGAGGCAGGUAGGCUUUACUUCUGUAUCAGACUUUAUGGUGCUUUGUUCAUGUAUGUGUUCGCGUAAAUAAAACUUUCUAC